AAAAAAAUAUGAAAAUUACACUAGACGUAAUUGAAAUAUUGACAGAAAAUCAAAGAACGUAUCAUAAAAAGCAACUGAAUUUUACAUCUUACCAGACGUAAUCACCAAACAAAAUUGCAAAAAUUAAAUCCGUGAUCAUAUGGUUGAAGUUACUGAAUAUUAACAUUCAAUAAAUGUAAUUUUAAGUCUCGUAUGAUGCACAUAACUGGAGCAUAUGAUUUGUCUGAAUAUUCAAUCACGUUACUUAAUUUUACAUAAGUUCGUAUAGAAUUUCACCUAUUUUGGCUGCUCCGCAUCUCUGCGUGUACGACUGUCAAAGUCAGCCAUCUUACACUGUGCGAUCACAACAGUCGAGUGGAAGUUUUAUUUUGCUGCUAAGGUGUUCAGAGAAACGAAACUCUUCGCAAUCUUUUGGCAGUUUUGUGUUCCUUAGAACCGUUCAAAUAUGUCAAAAGAAGGAGAUUUUGAUGUCCGGUUCCUGAAGGCCAUUGCCAGUUCCGGUGCUCAAGCAGAAUCCGGAGUCUGUUCGCUAGUUUCAAGAAUGCUGCAGUACAUUGCGGAAAUCCUUAGAAAGCUUGGUCCGAAACCGCUUUCCGAGACUUCGCUACAAGCAUCGACAAGCCUACUUCCUCAAGUGGCUGUCCAUUCAAGCACGCCAGGGAAAAUGACUCCGACGAAGAUGUUUCGGUGGCCGCAUCUGGAACAAAAACGGCACGGAUUCAAGAGUGCUCGACUCGUAGUGUGGUGAAUUGAACAGUUUUCCAAGAAGAAAAGUGAAUGCUAUCGGAAUCCGCCGAAAUAUUGAGUUCUGGACCAAAAUAUUGAAAAAUGUGCGCCGUUGAUUCCGGACUCCCGAUAGAACCGAACCAGCACACUCACACAAAGGCUGUUCGUGCCCAAGGUAGAAUCUGUUCUAGGCGAUAACUCGAAGUCGAAUGAUGUCGAAAAAUAAUGUGGUAUAUGUGCAAGUGAAAAGUAAUCAAAUAAAUAUAAAAUGUAAUUGAGCUGUCGGAAUAAAUAUGUUUAUUUAA